GUCUCAAGAAGUUUUGUGUUGCUGCAGCCAAUUUCCAACACUAUACAUUACUUGUAAUUUUCCAAAAAGGAACAAAAACUAAAUAGCAGCUUUUGAAACAGGAAGUUAUUGGACUUAUAUUGGAAUGCUUGCUUUAUUAUUUGUUUUAUCUUUCCCUGUACAUCUUUGCUAAGGACACCAAGACAAAGAAAAUAUCAUGGAAGAAACAACUAGUUCAGAAUUAACCACACCAGAGUAUUAUACUCGAUACAUAUCACCUUGUAACAAAGAAGAUGUAUAUGCAUUCGUUGUUCUGUUUACAACUAUCUUAAAUUCCUGUUUUUUCAUAUUUGGGAUAACUGGAAAUAUCCUUGUCAUAUGGAUUCUUAUCAUACAUGAACAAACGGUGUCUCUAACAAAUCUUUUUAUAUUAAAUUUAUCAAUUGCAGACCUUAUUUUAACUACAUGUUUGCCAUUUUUUGUUGUAUAUCACAGACACGGUUGGGUUUUUGGACCUGUGACUUGUAAAGUGUUUAAUGUUCUUUUUUCUCUGGGAUUCUACAGUGGAAUUAUUUUCUUGACAUGCCUAACAUAUUAUCGUUAUGUUGCAAUAGUGGAUCCAUUAUCAGUUCUCAAAACAAAAAGACAUAUGAAUGGAGUACUUAUUACUGUGCUUUCUUGGUCUGUUAGUAUUUUUGCUUGUAUUCCUGUUAUGAUUUUCCAAGUUCAAACAUCGUUGGUUGAUAUUGCCAAAUGUGAAUAUGGUCAAAUAUACCCAGUGUUGAUUAGUCACUAUCAACAAAAUAUUUCUUUUUUUUGUGCUUUUUGUUUCAUUGUAUACUGCUAUGUCAGAAUAAUUAGGACAUUGAACAAUUCUCGAUCACAAAUGAAUCAUAAACCAGUUAAACUAAUUCUUGUUAUUGUUGCACUAUAUUUGGUCAGUUGGGCACCUUACAAUAUUGUAUUGUUCCUACAGUCAUUUCAUCAUCACCAAUUUCUCAUGAGGUGUGAACUUACAAAGAACCUUGAGUAUGCAAAAUAUAUUACUGAGAAAAUAGUAUUCUCUCAUUGUUGCCUCAAUCCUGUAUUAUAUGCAUUUGUUGGAAUUAAAUUCAGAAGGCAUUUAAAAGGCAUUAUAAAAUGUAACCUGCACAGCAAACAUAAACAACAGCAAGGGACUAGAAGCGUUUCCCAAGAUCAUAAUUAUAACGAGAUGGGUUCAGUUUUCUAAAGUAAAUUAUGCUAUACAGCAUGAGAGAAACCGAAAAGCCUGCUAUUAAAGCCAGCCACUAGUAUAUAUUUUUUUAAGAUUUUCCAUUUUUAUUUUUUAAACUUAAUUUAAUUAACUGUAGGUUAAAUAGGCUAAUAUAAUAGGUUAAAAUCUUUAGAGUUUGGACUACAAAAUGCCUGGCAGAAAACCCAAUACAGUGCACUAUGUUGUUCAGCAUUUUCCACUGUACAGCAUAUUUUAAUUUACAUUAUUCACAUUAAGGUAUACGAGAAGAUUCAAAAAAUGCAUACAAACAUUAAAAACCUUAUUAGCUGCCAUUGUACAAUGAAUAAUAGAUUACCCAAAUGUAUGCAGUAUUUUGUAUAUUUUCUAGAGUAAUGUAUUCUCUGUUAUAGUAGAUAACCUUUCAGUGUUAUACAAUUAACUUUUAAGAGGACAUCGCUGCAAAGGAUAUAUAGCGAAAGUAAAGACAAUAAGUAUUUGAAGUAGAAAACUACUCACAUAGGCCCCUUUCAAAUGGUCUAAAUUUGGUAAUUAUUUUUGUAAGUCAAAACCAGGAGUGUGGCUUAAAAAUACUAAUGCUAAAUUCAGAAUAAAGACUGAAUGCAUGAAAGUGGCUACAUCCAUAUAUACUAACAUUGUAGCUGGUAAAUUCGGGCAUGUGAGCUGACCCCCUCGGGACCCAUCUUUGCACACACCCACUUUUGGCCUGGGGCAGCUAAAUUUGACUGGUUUAAAAUUAGGGAUGGUUAAUUUGCAAUAAGAAGGGGAUAAGAGGCUCAAAGCAAGCAAUCCUGAUCUUGUUUCCUUUAAGGCAAAGUAUUAAGACACAACUAUAUAGACACAACUUAAACUGAUGAUGUGCUAUGAGUCUUUAAACAUCCUAAAACGUAAUUUUCUGUCUUGUAUCUUGUUAAAGUGGUUUUCUGAGAUUUGUUUUCACUGAUGACCUAACCUCAAGAUAGGUCAUCAGUAUCUGAUCAGUGGGGGUCCAACCUGCGGGACCCAUGCUGAUCAGCUGUUCAAAAAGGCACUGGUGCUUCUAUGAGCACUGCAGACUUCUCUCAGCUUUUCCUAAGCCAGUGACAUCACGUUCAUUGUUCACAUGGCCUAGGAGCAGCUCAGCUCCAUUCAAGUAAAUGGGGCUGAGUUUUGUUACAAAGCACAGCCGCUAUACAA